AUGCUAAUCCAUCAUAUUUAUAAGUUUCUUCUAAGUCUUUUCAUUAUUGAUUUAGUGAAAGCUCAGAGCUUUUACGACUCUGAUUUGCACAUACUUGAACUAACACCGAAGAACUUUGAUAAAGCCGUUCAUAAUACAAACUAUACUACACUAGUAGAGUUCUAUGCCCCAUGGUGUGGCCAUUGUAAGCAGCUGUCAAGCACAUUUCGUAAAGCAGCAAAGAAAUUGGACGGUUUAGUUCAAGUCGCUGCGGUAAACUGUGACCUAAACAAAAAUAAAGGUUUAUGCGCUAAAUACGGUGUCGAGGGAUUCCCCACAUUAAAGGUAUUCAGACCCCCUAAACUGGAUCUAUCCAAGCCAAUGACUGAUGCCAGGAACAGUUUCAAAAGUCAUUCUGAUGAAGCAUAUACAGGCGCAAGGACCAUCGCGCCUAUCGUCGACUUUUCUCUUUCAAGAAUAAGAUCAUACGUUAAGAAGCUUGUCCGUAUAGAAAAACUUGGAUCUCUGCUCGAAAAAUCUCCCAAACUUUCCGUAGUUUUAUUUUCCAAACAAGACAAACUUUCACCAGUCUAUAAAAGUAUUGCUCUUGAUUGGUUGGGCAAAUUCGAUUUUUAUUCUAUCACAAACAAGAAGCUGAUGGAAGUAGCUGGUGUGAGUCCACCUUAUGAAAAAAUUCCAAAGAUUUUCAAAUAUUUGCAGGAAAUGGUUCCUGAACAACAACAAAGCGAAAAGAGUAAGCUGGUCGUUUUCGAUGCUGCCAAAGAUGAGUUUUGGGAGUACAACGAAAGUGCAAUCAACAAACUUGGUGUUUCUAAAUUUUUCCACGACACUUUUGAUAUUUCGCCAAACGAAGGCCCGCUCAGUAAACGCUUCGAAUAUAUCAAUUAUUUAAAGACUGGUAAGAAACCAAGCAAGAUGAAGAAUUUUCAACCAAGAAGCAAAGACGUCAAGCAUGACGAAUUAUAA